CACGGCCGGGGUGGAUUUCAAGACCAGGCCCGCGAGCGAUGCUGCUAAGGAGCUUAUGCUGGAGCGGUCGGGCGCUGGCUGUCAGGGCCCGCGGCUCGGGGGCAUGCUGGCUCUCCAGCUGGGAUUGCUGCCAGAGGCUUCCUGGAACCAGCAGCAUUCUUCACAGGCAACUUCCUCAAGCACAAGCCACUGAUGGCUGCAGAGAGUUUGGGACAGACCACAUGGAGUUGGACUCCCAAGCAGGUGCAAACAGCACCGGACAGCCCAAGGCCUCUGUGUCCAGCAGGAGCCCCUCAGAACCCCAGUACCCUCUGCCACCUGAGCUCCAGCCCCCCACAAACUGCUGCAUGAGUGGCUGCCCCAACUGCGUGUGGGUGGAGUACACAGACACACUGCUGCAGCAUUACCAGGAUGGUGGGGAGCGUGCCCUGGCCACCCUAGAGGAGCACGUGGCUGAUGAGAACCUCAAGGCCUUUCUCAGGAUGGAGAUCCGGCUCCGCACAAGGCCUGAAGGAUGAGCUGGCCAGGCCAGGACACCCUCCCUGAACAGAGACUCCUGCCUUGCCCUACUCGAGAAGCAACAUAGGAGGCCUCUUUUAUUCAUAUCCCUUUUACAGGCUUGUUGUAUCCAACAGGUAUAGGAGGAGUUAUUUAUUAACUUUACCUGAGAAAAAAUAAAUUCUCUGUUGUGGUUAAACAGGA